AUGGCAUUAUCCCUUUCAUCAAGCUUAGUUCAAUGUCCCAAGACGUCUUUCCCCUGUUCCAAUCAAAGUUCUCAUCUCAGAGGUUCAGUUCAAUUUCCUAAAAUCACCCCUUCAUGCCUUAGGUUUUCUAAAAUAUACAAGGUGAAUAAAUGUGUCAUCCGGGCUGCAUCAUCUGCUGCUGGAAGUUCUAGCUCAAACAGUGAUUUUAAUCCAUACGAGAUUCUUGGUGUGAGCCCCAUUGCUGGGUUUGACAAGAUCAAGGAAGCGUAUGCUAAGAAAAAAAAGGAUGCUGAAAGCAGAGGCGAUGAAGCUACUGCCAAUCGGCUGGAGAGUGCAUAUGACAAAAUUAUGCUGUCGCAAUUAAUGAAAAGGAAGCAAGGGGAAACUUUUGGUAACUUUAAGGUCUCUAAGGAUAUAAAAUAUGCCGAUAAGCUGCCAAUUGUACCUUGGGGCCCCAGGUACGCCAAGUCUGAUGGCAAGGAUAUAAAGAUCAACUUGGCAAUUUCUGCCCUUUUUACAGCUUGGGUUUUCAUCAAGCGUAAUGCUGAUUGGAAACCUAUACAAUUUUUGGGUUUCAUUUUUGUAUACCGGAUAUUUGAGAAGUUGAAAUCAUUUGAGGCACCUGCAUCUCCAACCUUAAAUGAAUAUGGUGAAGAUGAAGGGAAAAUGUUGAGAAUGGGAAAAAGGUUAAUGAGAUCUCUUGCGCUUGUUUUUGGUUGUAUGACGAUAGCUUCACUGGGAUACACUGGUGUCCUAAAUUUGAUUGAAAGUACUGGUGGUUAUAUACCUCGGUUUUUGUACUACAAUCAGGAAUUGCUGGUCACUGCUUCAACAGCCCUAGGCAAGAUGAGGAUUAUGAUAAAGGGCGGUGUUUGGAAGAACACCGAGGAUGAAAUCUUGAAGGCGGCUGUUAUGAAGUAUGGGAAGAAUCAAUGGGCUCGAAUUUCUUCCUUGCUUGUUCGCAAAUCCGCUAAGCAAUGCAAAGCUCGCUGGUACGAGUGGCUCGAUCCUUCAAUUAAGAAGACUGAGUGGACCAGAGAAGAGGAUGAGAAAUUGUUACAUCUUGCCAAACUCAUGCCUACACAGUGGAGAACAAUUGCUCCAAUUGUCGGUCGGACUCCAUCUCAGUGUCUUGAACGUUAUGAGAAACUUCUUGAUGCAGCUUGUGCAAAGGAGGAUAACUAUGAGGCUUCAGAUGAUCCUCGUAAGUUGCGUCCUGGAGAGAUUGAUCCAAAUCCGGAAGCCAAGCCUGCUCGUCCAGAUCCUGUGGAUAUGGAUGAGGAUGAGAAGGAGAUGCUUUCCGAAGCGCGUGCUCGAUUAGCCAACACAAGAGGUAAAAAGGCUAAACGGAAGGCGAGGGAGAAGCAGCUUGAAGAGGCUCGCAGGCUUGCUUCAUUGCAGAAAAGGAGAGAACUGAAGGCUGCUGGAAUUGAUAUUCGUCAUAGAAAGAGAAAGAGGAAGGGUAUUGAUUACAAUGCUGAAAUCCCUUUUGAGAAAAGGCCUCCCCCGGGCUUUUAUGAUGUCACAGAAGAGGACCGACCGGUGGAACAACCAAAUUUCCCAACCACCAUUGAAGAGCUUGAAGGUGAGAGAAGAAUUGACAGGGAAGCUCGUAUGAGGAAACUGGAUGCUGCUAAGAACAAGAUCGCUGAGAGACAGGAUGCUCCUUCAGCUAUAAUGCAAGCAAACAAACUUAAUGAUCCUGAGGCAGUGAGGAGAAGAUCAAAAUUGAAUCUUCCAGCACCUCAGAUCCCAGAUCACGAGUUGGAAGCAAUUGCGAAAAUCGGUAUAGCUAGUGAUAUGAUUGGGAGCGAGGAACUAACUGAGGGGAAUGCUGCAACUCGUGCGCUUCUGGCAAACUAUGCUCAGACACCACGGCAGGGAAUGACCCCGCUAAGAACCCCUCAGAGGACACCUGCUGGUAAGCAAGAUGCAAUUAUGAUGGAAGCUGAAAAUCAGAGGAGGUUGAAUCAGUCUCAAACACCUUUACUUGGGGGAGAAAACCCUAUGUUAUACCCCUCCGAUUUCACUGGAGUCACUCCUAAGAGAAAGGAAAUCCAAACACCUAAUCCACUUUUGACUCCUUCCGCUACCCCUGGAGUCUCUGGCCUAACACCUAGAAUUGGUAUGACUCCGUCAAGGGAUGGACAUGCUUUCUCCAUGACACCUAAAGGUACUCCGAUCAGGGAUGAACUGCGCAUUAAUGAAGAUAUGGAGAUGCGUGAUAGUUCUAAGCUUGUGCUUGCUGACUCGAGAAAGCAACUGCUGGCUGGUCUGAAAAGUCUUCCACAGCCCAAGAAUGAGUAUCAAAUAGUCAUACAACCUGUUCCUGAAGAAAAUGAGGAGCCAGAGGAGAAGAUAGAGGAAGACAUGUCUGAUAGGAUAGCUAGAGAGAAGGCUGAGGAGGAAGCUAGGCAGCAAGCAUUACUUCGGAAAAGAUCAAAAGUGCUUCAGAGAGAAUUACCUAGACCCCCUCCUGCUACACUGGAUUUAAUUAGGGAUUCUCUUAUAAGAGCUGGUGAAGAUAAGAGUUCCUUUGUCCCUCCGACAUUGAUUGAGCAGGCUGAUGAAAUGAUUAGAAAGGAACUUCUUUCCUUACUGGAGCAUGAUAAUGUGAAGUAUCCUCUAGAUGAUAAAGCAGAGAAAGAAAAGAAGAAAGGGAAGAAAAGAAAGGCUGCUCCUGUUCCAGUGAUCGAAGAUUUCGAAGAGAUUCAGCUAAAAGAGGCUGGGAAUCUGAUUGAGGAGGAGUCUGAAUUUCUUCGUGCAGCAAUGGGGCAUAAGGAUGAAUCCUUUGAUGAAUUUGUUGAAGCGCAUCAAACAUGCUUAAAUGAUAUCAUGUAUUUCCCAACACGUAAUUCCUAUGGCCUCUCUAGUGUAGCUGGAAACAUGGAGAAGAUAUCCGCUUUACAGGUUGAGUUUGAGAAUGUGAAGAGGAAGAUGGAGGAUGAUACCAAGAAAGCUCAGAACCUAGAGAACAAAAUAAAGAUUCUUACCAAUGGCUAUCAGAUGAGAGCUGGAAAGUUGUGGUCCCAAAUUGAAGCAAUACAUAAGCAGAUGGACACUGCAGAGACAGAACUGCAGUGCUUUCAAGCUUUGCAGAACCAGGAAAAACUAGCUGCAUCAAAUAGGAUUAAUAAUCUCUGGGAAGAGGUUCAAAAGCAAAAGGAGUUGGAGAAUACAUUGCAAAAGCGUUACGGUGACCUUCUAGCUCAAAAGGAGAGAAUUCAGAUUCUUAUGGAGGAGCACAGGGUAAGAGAGCAAAUGGAAGAAGAAGGUCGGGCAGCAGCGAAUCAAGCUGUUGAGCUGGCUUCAGAAGAGGUUAUUACUGUUACUGAAAAUGAAGCAAGUGCCGAUGCUUCUGUUUCAGUUGCUCCCCCAACCACUGAAAAUGGUGCUGAGAUUGCGGAAGUAGUAGAGGAUGGAUUGAGAGAAGCUGACAAAGGAGGAGAGGAGGAUGUUAAAGUCCAAGCAAAGGAGGAAGAUGGUCCAGUUCAAGAGGUAGAGGAAGGUGGUCCUGUCCAAGGAAUGGAGGAAUGA